AUGACUCUUUAUAGUAACAAUACAAAUGAGGAAACAUCUGUAGGUAAACAGCUACUACAAACACUUUUAAUAGGAAAAGUAAAAGAUACAGCUGAAUCUGAUAGCUUCCUAUUAAGAGACCCAAAUAACGAGGAUUAUAGUGAAAUAGAGAAGACAACAUUAAUAAAUAAUGGAAUACUUGAAGAUAAUAAAGAAAAAUAUGUUGAUAACUCAAAUCCAGACUAUGUAGCUGAUAAAAAUUCGAAAAAUCAAGAUGUGGACAAUGAUAAGAAAGAUCUAACAAAGUCCAAUGAUAUAAAAACAAAACAUAAAGCAGACACUGAAAUAGAUAUUAAAAACAAAAAAAUUGAUUUUGAUAUUGAUAUUAACACAAAAAGUUUGUUAGAAGAUAAUAUUGAAUUUCUAAAACAUAUAUCUGAUAUACAGCAACUAGUUAAUAUUGAAAAAAAUCUUGAAAGUGACUUGGAAACUCAUGGAAAAAAAGUAGAAACCUUGAGGAAAGACAUAUCGGAUGUUGAAAAUUCUUUAGAAAAAGUAUAUACUGCAAUUGGAAAAUUAGAAAAAUUCUUGGAUCUAUGUAAAAUAGAGGAUGAGCAUAUAAUUGAUGGUUUACAUAAACUUGUUGAUGUAUUUAAUCAAGGAUAUAGUUUAAAUGAUGAUGAAUGUGAAAAGUUAUUUGUAAAGGACUGUGAUUAUGGCCUUGAGGGGGAUCAUUCUAAAAAAAUUAAUAAUGAAGAUAAAAUAAAUAAAGUUCAAACAAAGAAUAAGAUUAGAGAAGAAAAUUUAUCAAGUAGUAGUAGUGAAGAUACUAAUAGAUAUCUAAUAAAAGAUCUAAACAGAUAUGAAAAGUCUAAUAAGAGUUCUAUUAGUUAUUAUAAGGGAAAUAAUCAGAAUAGUAAAUAUUCCAAGGAUGAAAUAGAUAACCAAAAUUCAAAUACUAAAGGUGAUAAUGAUAAUAAAGAUGGUGAUGAAAUUAAUUAUACUAAUAAUCAAGAUAAAGUAAACAAUCAAGAUAAAAUAAACAAUCAAGAUAAAAUAAACAAUCAAGAUAAAAUAAACAAUCAAGAUAAAGUAAACAAUCAAGAUAAAAUAAACAAUCAAGAUAAAAUAAACAAUCAAGAUAAAAAUAAAACAAACAAUAAAAAUAAAAUAAACAAUAUUAUGAAGUUUAAUGAAAUGUUUGAAAAUAGUAAAUUUCAUGUCAUAAAUUCUAAAUAUAUAGGUAAUAAAAUGAGCUCAGAAAAGAAAGGUGGCGUAAAAACAAGAGUAAAAAUUAUUAAGGAUAAAAUUGCACGAUUUAAACGUUCUACCAAAAAAUAG